CGACGAACAGCUAUUCUAUACAUGUCCACUUGGAGGUGACCAAAAAGCACUCGUCAGCUCGCGUUUACUUGUUAAUUCUUUUUUUUCGGCUACCUGAAAUAUAUACCUACCUACCUACCUACCUACCUGUACCGACGUUUGUUUGUUAGUUUUUUUAUACGCGUAUCGUGGUCAUUAUCGUUGACGAAAGUGGAAAAAAUUUACGAGCUAUUGGUGAUUGGUAAUUUAAAAUCGAAUGGUGUAUCGAAAUUGUUCGGCAAACAAGUGUAUUUCAGUGUCUGGCUGUAUAGUGGGCUGUUACUUGUUGUUAUGAUUGUUACGAUGUUACAUUAUGAUUCAUCAUUUACUAGGUAGUGAUUUGUGAUGUAAUGCACAUUCGACGAAUGAUUUUCUUAACCUCGAACUCGAAGUCGUUCGAGGCACACCUGAAUAUCACUCGUACUAUCGUACGUAUAAUCGAUUGGGCAGGGAAGCCGGAGAUGCGAUGAUUCGCGGUGGCCGCGGCCGUGCGUAGGACUCUCUAUGUGUAUGUAGUAUGUACGACGAUAUAACUUUAUUUUUUAAACGAUUCGCGUAUAUCUCGUGGCUCGUAUUCGCGUACUCGCGUAUGUGUUGUAACCGGUUGUCUUAUUAAUUAUUCCCACCUCGACGAGGCGAUGCGAUGUCGAUGUCGGUCGUCGUACAGAAUGUUAUUGGCGUGUUUUAUGUUUUGAUGUCUAUGCGAGUAUGUAGCUCUCUGUGAAGUGCAUGUAGUACAAUAUCGCGCUUCGCGAUCGCGAAAUCAUUUCAUAUCUGAUGCUGUGCCGUUCGAUAGAUCGACCCGAUCAAUUCGCGAUUAUGUGCCGUAUGUGAGGUGAAGUGUUAUUGACAUGGGAUCCAGUAUUGUUAACGAUUUAGACGAAGAAAGGGGUCUAUCCCCUGCUACGCUAAAUACCCUCAGAGGUAUUCUGAUAUCGUCGUUGUCACGUGAAAACUCGCCUACUUUUGCCAACGCCGCUACUUCUUAUAGUACACAUUCUAGACGUAAAGUUACCUUUAAAGAGUGCCAACGAAUGCCAUCGGAUAAUAAUUUUUUUGCUGGCGGCGGAAGUAAUCACGAAGUAAAUGGGCAAUUAUCGUCUACUCAGAAUUCUAGUUCGCAAAAUGCCAAAGCACAACCACCUAGAACGGAUUUUUAUUGGUUCGCUCAAGGUGGUGAUGUAGAUUACGAAGCAAAAGACAGCGCGUCGCAACAACAAAUCGACAGAGACGAAAGACUUAGAAUAAUUAAAGAAAAACAAAAUGAAGAAAGGCAAAGGAAAUUAGAAGAACUUAAACAACAAGCUUUAGCAGCUCAAAAGUUUCGCGAGAGAACAGAAGAAGAACGAAGACGACGUAUAGAAGAUCUCCGCAAUCGUGAAAAUGAUAGAAGACAUCAAGUCGAAGAAAGAAAAAGGCUAAUUAUGGAAGCGGAAAAAGAUAGAAGAGAAGCGAUACUUAGACGAAAUAUGGAAAGAGAAGCUCGAAUCGAAAGUAAAAAGAAAAUGGAACGCAGUUCGAUAGUUUUUGCAUUUGGUAGUUCAACCCCUCGUAUGUUAGAACCAACCGAUAGUGGUAGUACUUAUUGGGCUAGUCGCAGAGCAACGUCUACUACGAAUGUGAUGAGUAUGAGUGUUGCUUGUCCGGGGCCAUUAACGCGCCGAUCUUCCGAACGAGAAUUAGCUAAUGGUAAUAAGAAAAGAGCCACUUCCGCCGGCGGAUUACUGGAUAGAAAAGGCGACGAUCGAAAACCUUUGGAUUCGAUUUACGAAGUCCUAUGUUGGGACAACAAUUAUCCUUUCAAUUCCACUACUACAUCUUUGAUAACGAAUGUAAAUAAUUCCUCGAUUUGCGGUAUCUCAAAUUAUCCUGUAAUCUUUGGUGAAGGUAAAGAAAACAACGCAUCGGAAGUCGGAGCGACGCUUUUGACGCAACGUUCGGCAGCCAGACGCAAAACCGAUUUAAUGCCUACAGUUCCUUCAAGAGACGCGACGCAAUCCUCGUGCGUUUCAAGAAAUAGCUCCGUUUGCUCUUCCCGUCGUUCACCAGGUAGGGCAUUUUCGAUGACACGCUUGGAUCAGCUGUCGCAGCCUCGUAAGCCCAAAACCAUAUUAACGGAGCAAAAAGGCCUGAGUGAGGCGAAUACCGACAUGUCGAAAAGCAUGACGCAUUUGGCCGGCCGCAGUAGCGGCGGUGGCAGCGGCGGCAGCGGUGCCGAUGCCGGUGAAAAAUCACAAUCACUCAAACGAUGUGCCACUUCUAAAAGUAUGGUGCAUUUAGGUCCGCCACGUAUGACGCGUGCGGAACGUCUUCGCAAAUUAGCCCGCGAAGGAAAUUCCUCCUCCGCCCCCACCUCAGCGAAACGACAAGCUACUAGUCCGCCAGGUUCUCGUUCCGGAGAAACGACUCCACGACCUCAAAGUGCACUUAGUCAGCACAGUGGUAGCAGUGGUGUAGGGCCAGUUAGACCUCGUCCAAUGACUGCGCCGUCACGUAAAGCAAGACCGAAUAGCAUUGCAGUUACUGGUGUUACCUCUAUUGCUGAUUCUGUCAAACAGAGUGGAAGUGGUGGUGGUGGUAAAUCACCUCUGAGUGAAAAUCGUCCCCCGGUACCUAAGGUGCACGUUACCAAAAAAUAUUCGUCCAAAGGAGAUGCUGCCGCUGGUCGUAAAAUUUCAUCAGAUAAACCCAAGUCAUCGAAGAGUUCUACGAGUACUACACCAAAAGAAACGCCGAUACACUCACCAACAGUAGAAUUAUCAACGGAAAAUUCUUUCUCGGAAUCGGAAUCCGGCGAUCGUAUUCAGACCACCGUUAAAACCGAAACAACCAUCAGUGUAACUAGCUCGUCCGAUAAACUCGGACAUCACGUGGUCAGUGAAACAGUCGUCGAACAGAAAUCAGACGAUACUGAAGGCGUUUGUGAUUCAACCGAAUGUGAUAUGACCGGUUCGAUGACAUCGUCUCAAAUUAGAAGAAUUACUACCGAAGAAGAAGCCAAAGCGGCGUUAGCCGAACGUCGAAGACUUGCCAGAGAGCAAGCUGAAAGAGAAGCUAAAUUAGAGCAACAACGAUUAGAAGCUGAACGAUUAGCCGAAGAGGAACGUCUUAGAAGAGAAGAAGAAGAACAAAGACGAAUGGAAGAAGAACAACUGAGAUUAUUAGAAGAGGCUAAAAAAUCCGAAGAAGAAAGAUUACGUCAGGCUAUAGAGGAAGCUAAGAAACGCGAAGAAGAAGAACGUCAACGCAAGGAAGCUGAACUAAAAUCGAAAUUGGAAAAAGAAGAAGCGGAACGAAAGGCUAAAGAAGAAGCAGAAAGACAAAGAAUAGAAAAAGAAGAAAGACAAAAAAAAGAAGAAGAAGCCAGACUAGUUAGAAAGAAACGCGUUGAAGAUAUCAUGUCAAGAACGCGUGCCAACAGAAGCACUCCUAAAGCUACACCAACUAAGGAUAACAAUAGUGAGAAUAAUGAAGAAAAUUUGAAUGGUGUUAAUAACAAGGAGAUCUUUGAUAACACUAAUAAUAACUCGAAUGAGCAAUUCCUUAUAUCAGAACGAGGCGAAAACGGUUCCUCGAAUAAUCUAAAUUCAAAACAAAACGGUGUUCAUUCUGUAACGCCCUCAAACGUAACCAGUAAUUUACUAGAUUUGUCAGAUUUCGACGUCAUAAAUACGAAUAUGAUAUCUGGAGCGACGGUUUCCUCUCAAAUAAUAGAUAUACCAGUGGGAAAAGAUAAUUAUAAUUCAAAUAAACAAGAUAUUUCGGAUUUACUAUCGUAAAUUAUCGUUUAGAAAAAUAUUUGUGCGGUUAUCGAAUGAAAAUCAAAUGUACGCGAAUUUGAUGCGCGUAUCUCGAGAAUGAGAAAAAAAUAAAAAUCCGAACGUAUGAAUUCGGCGUGGCGCCGGUAUGCACUCGUAAUCAAUAUUGCUCAUCGCCGAAAUCCAAAGUUAUGUGUACUAUUUUUAUUAUUCAACGCUUGUUCGUAAAUUUUUUUUCAUUGAUCGGCGAUUAUUUUUUUUUUAAAUCAACGCUUUUUACACCGUUAUUUUAUUUGUGUAUUUGACAUACUGUUUUGCAGUUGAUGUUGUGUAAGUAUAUAAAUGUAUAAUUCAUUUUACAGUUGAUUCUACGAGUAUUUUUUUCUUCUCUUUUUUUUUCUUUCGUCUAGAGUCACAUAUCGCGUACGCGCUUUGAAAUGUUUCUAUAGUUUUGACUGAUAACUUAAUCUUUAAAAGCGGUUUUAUGUAGAAUGAUUGUGUUUUAAAACUUUUAAUUAAUUUAUUUAUAUUUUCAUAGAAAAUUUUUUUGGUAGGUAUGUGUACUAAUAAAUACUGCAAGAACGUGUAUAAAAAUUGCAUUAUUGUUAUUGUAAUAUUUUUAACAUGAUUGAUCGCGCUUAAAAUGCUAUAAUCAUUAAACUUGUUUUAACUACGGAUAUUAGAAUGAAUAUAUUUAUUUUUUUAUACAGA